AAGAAGACUAGGUGGUCCAGAUAUGGCUGAGGAAUGUAAAGAGCUAAGAACAAAACAUUUGGAUCAAUCAACAGUACCUUGGAACCUUAAAGUACAAUUCCGUCAGAUACUGGAUCAGUGGAAGAAAGAUGAUGUUAACUUUGUGGAAACUAGAGCUGCAAAACAUGUGUUAGAAUUUAUCAGGAAACACAGUUGUGUAACUAUUACUGCUAGUUCUGGUGUUGGAAAGACAGCAACUCUCCGACAUGUUGUUUUGAAAAUGAUAGGAGACGGUUAUGAUGCAUUACUGGUAACCAAUCCACAUGAAAUUGUUCAGUUUUUUAAUCCAAAUCAGAAGACAUUGUUUGUUAUCGAUAACUUUUGUGGAACAUAUUAUAUAAACCAGUCUGACCUUAACAACUGGGAACCUGUCAUGAGGCGUGUUGAAGUCAUCAUUCAAAAUAAACUCACAAAAAUCAUUGUGGCCUGUCGAUUACAAGUGUUCAAAGAUGAAAGGUUUGAAUCUUUAUCCAUUUUUAAACACAGGGUGUGCAACUUGCUAUCAGACGACUUAUGUUUGUCACAAACUGAAAAACAGUCAAUAGCAGAGUUGUAUUUGGAAACAAAGUCUUCAGAGAUUAUUCAGUAUUGCGAUUUAUAUAAUUGUUUCCCGCUUCUCUGUAAACUCUAUCAUGAUAAUUCUGAACUCAAUAUUACAGACUUCUUUCGGAAUCCGUAUUCAGUAUAUGAAGCAGAGAUGGAACAGUUGAUAAAAAAAAAAGCUUUACACAAAAUACUGUGUCUUGGCGUUAUGUGUCAUGUUCAAUAAUAUAUUGACAAAGGAAUUAUUCAUAAGAGAGAUAAUUACUGAAAUAAGAACCAUAAUAGAGAACACUUGUGAGGCCUGUCGACUAGAUAAAGGAACAUCAAGGUUGACGUUAUUGGACGAACUUUAUUUACUCGAACAUACAUAUUUUAAGAACGAAAAAGGUGUUUACAAAACUGUCCAUGACAAACUCUUUGACUUUUUAUCUUAUUAUUUUGGAAAACAAAUGAUUGAGUGUUUAAUCAAAAAUGCUUUGAGUUCAUUCAUAAUGGAACGAUUUAUAUUAGAAGGAGAAACGGACACUGGCCAGUUCAUUACUAUUGUUCCACCUGAAUAUCAUGCAAUGUAUGUUCAAAGAAUGAUUUUUGACUGGUUUAAUGGGGAGGUAAUAAGUGUAUUUUGUAACAAAAAUAUGGACAAGCCAGAAUUCCGACAGAGAUUCCUAGCACAUAUAAAAACAUUUGAUAUAUCAUGCCAGAGAAAGUUAGCACACACCUGUAAUGUUAUUAUACAAGAUACUGUCCUGUUAAAUUGCUGUUUUA